AUGUCCUUUGGUUUUUUCAGAGGCAGCUUGUGAGACUCUUUAAUCCACAUCAGACUCUGUGGCACUGCCCUUUUAAAGCCAUCCAAGCUGUUCAGUCUCCUGCUGCAAGUCUUGGUCACUAAUAGUGAAGUAGACAUGUCGGUACACACUGGACUUGGACAAUAAUAUUGGGUUUACUGGAUUUCACCGAGAUUUCUUUCAGAUUUGGAUUCUGAAUCAAGUGCUUAAUUCAGCGGUGGUUUAUUGUUUUCACUGUGAUCAUGUGGUCAAACUGUGACAUUCGUUCAGUGAAAAGUGAAGAACACUGCAGAAUUGGAGAGAGAUUGAGGCCGGACACAGGGAUUGAGGAGGAAAUUACUGCACAGGAUCUGGCUGAAGUGCGCAAGUUACAAGAAUUAGUGUGGGGAUUGGGAAUUCAAAAUGAUGCUCUAAGUGAGAGAUGGAGAAACGUUAACACCAACAACCAGUCUCUUUCUUGUGUGCCCAUAGACUGUCCCUCUUUGCUGGAGAAACAUAAACAUUUCUGGGAUUUACUGGAUCCUGAACUGACAAAGAUCAAUGGGGAUAGUGAAUCUCCAUCACCUCAUGACAGCCCAAUAGAUAUUAUUGUGGAGCAGGAUGGACACAAUUAUGGCUCUUAUACACACUUGCCCCAUGAUGACAUAUUGGAGGAGACAAAGAGGCAGGGAUGCAUGGGCUCAGUUACGUUAUUAGACAGGGACACAGAGAAGAGAGCAGAUCAGUCUGCUCUGGACCUGGUGGACCUCUUGAAUCUAGAGGAGUACUGUGUGGUGGAUAAUGAUGUGAGCUGGCUAUAUGAGACACCAAAGAAACAGGCAUCUGCUGAGCAAAAUGAGUCACCUAUAAAGUGGUGCAGACAAGUCCUGGAUAACCCCAGCCCUGAAACAGAGAUGGCAUGUCGUGAGCUUAUUAAUAUUCUGGACCAUAAGACAAGAUGGAGGAGUAUUUUUAGGAGGCACUCCCACAGACUUCCUGUAGCCUUUCCUGACAAUGGAUCUCUCUGCAUAAGUUCACCUCCGCUGUACCACAGAUCAACUUACAGAAGUCAACAAACCAAUAAACCUAACUUCUCCGAUGACAGUGAUGCUUGUUUACGAUCCCCAAUGGACAAGAACGAGCGAAGUCCAUCAGUCAGACCACAGGACCUCACUGAUGUCCGGAUCAUGGCUCAGAUGCAGGAAGAGAGUUUGCGACAGGAUUAUGCCUCAAUUCCUGCCACCAGCACACCAUUCAGGAGUCCCGCUGCAUCCAUGUCACCUUCUAAUUAUAGCUACAGUCAUCUAGAGUGUGGCUUGGGUAGACUAGAUACUGACGCAAAAACACGUUGUCCCAGCCAGCUACCUCACUUCAGGCAGUCCCGAUUUGGCCAGUCACCCAGAUCCAUGGGCCAGCCUGGUUACAGCAGCCAGCAGCCAAUGCCAUCCUGUCAGGCCGCCACUCAAUCUAAGCUGCUUAAGCUUGCAACAAGCAGAGGUGCAUCUACAAUCAGGCUUGGGAGUGUUGGCCGAUCUUCAUCUGUUUCUGCCAAAAGCUUGAGCUCCAGUAAAACUGCCACUGGAGCAGUGCGACAGUCCCUGAGAAAGUCAUUUCAGGCCACUUCUAUCAGAGGACUGGCGAGAGCACAGUCCCUCAGUCCCUCUGGUUUGAGGAUCCCCUAUCCCAGCAAGGACUACUCUGUUGAAGGGUAUGUGACAAGUCAUGGUCGUGUCUAUGCAUCUUCAGAGCGGUCAACUAUCUCAGCUCGGAGCCGACUAGGGCAAUUUGCCAAUUCCCGAAGGUGAAAAGAUGUACCCAAAAAAUAUUCUUAGUCAUUCCUGUAACAUUCUCACUGAAAACAAUUAUUAAAGCAGGUAAAACAGUA